AUUAUUAUUGUUUUUUUAAUUUAUUUAUUAUUUUGCCUGUGGUGGAAUCACACUCAGCAGAAUCUACAUUUUUGGUGUGUGCAUUUAUCCAUUUCUUCAUAAUUAUUAUCUGCAGACAGUGGUUGGUGUGUUUUAUUAUUUAUCUGGAGGGGAGGAGGUGGGGAAGGGGAGAGGGAUAGAGGGGUGGUAGCUGGUGCCUUUGGUGGUGGUUCAUCUGCUGCCUUGCCUUGUGCUUCUGGUUCUGGGUGCAAUGGAUGGCCCAAGGUGCAAUAGGUUUCGCAAGAAGAGGAGAUCUAAAUCCCAAAGGGAUAGGGAAAUAAGAUCCAAAAGCGGAUUAUGUGUUACCAGAACUGUUUUUUUGCUUUCCUCCUCUGGAUCUGAAAAAGAAGACAAUGGCAACCCAGUACCCACCUUGCCCAGACCAAAACCCCCCAGGAGAAAAAGAAAGGAGUCCUCAUCGGCUGAAGAAGACAUCAUUGAUGGAUUUGCAGUGACCAGCUUUGUGACUUUUGAAGCUCUAGAGAAAGAAGGAGCCUUGUUGCCAGAUGAGCGAACUGUGAAGCAGGAGACACCUCUAAGUAAGAAGAAACGGGAUGUGCUCUCCAAUGGGCUGUCAUAUAAGCAGCAAAAGAAUAAGAUUAACCACAAUUAUGACUCAGACAGGGAAAAUGAUCGCAACCUUUGCCAACGGCUUGGAAAAAAGAGAUUCCAGAAGAGGCACAAAAAGGAGUGGACAACAGCACAUGCGUACAAUUUAAAAAUGGGUGUGAUCAAAAAAGAAGAGCACGUUCUUCUUACAGGGGAAGUUCCAGAAUGUUAUCGUGAGACACAGAUGCUAAAGUAA